GGGCCCACGGCCUAGCGCGCGGCUCCCGGGUCGGGCGGGUCCGAGGGCUGUGCAGAGCCCCGCCGCCGCUGUGAGGGUCCGGGGUCGCGAGGGACGUCGCCCCUCCGCGCGGACGCUGGGCCCGAGGCGGGGCGGCGCGUCGGGGAACGGCCGAGGGCGACCACGCUCUUCCCGGUGGCAGGUGGCGCGGUAGCGAGUGACGCCGACCCGGGUGGCGGAAAGGUCACCCCCCUUACAGUUGCCCCUCUGGGUUUCGAGGAUCCGGGCUCAGCUUGGCUUUCUAGAAUGUCGCUCAGAGAUCCUAGGAUGUCUUGCUUCCCUUCUAACAACAGCAACGAAAAGACGGCAGGCGCCAGGCUCAGAGCCGUCAACAGGCGUCUGUAGCUAGUUAGACUCGAUGAUCUGUCAUCGCCCCCCCCUCCUUUUUUUUUAAGAUUACUUUCCUUUUAUGACAUUAUCGUGGUUUCCCAUUUAAAGUGGUGAUGUAAGGUUCCCAUUUAAAAAGGUAAAUGGACUUAAAUAAAACAUAAACAGUAGUACCAGGGUUAGCAGGUAUGGCAGGAAGCACGCAGGUGCCAAGGUGGUGACGGAGAGAGAGACACUGCGUGUUCCCACCCGCGAUGCCAGGCUCUGGUGAGGAGCACAGGCUGGAGCGUCGGGGACCCCGGCUUCAGGCCCUGGGUCAAACGGCCAUUUGCAACCUGCCUAAUUGGGGCAAGUUUCUUAUCUCUGAAAAGUUGGUGGUAGUUAUAAUAGUAUCUAAGUCAGAAAAGUGUCCUGAGGCUUCAAUGAUAGGCUCUACAAGUCUCCAACGCCUAAUAAAUAAUAAAUGUAGCUGUAGUUAUUAUUUCCAUUUUAGAGAGCAGGAUACGGUGUCAGAGAUGUGCAGUGGCUUGCCCAUGUUCACACAGGGCAUUGGUGGAAGAGCCAAGUCUAGGACCCAAGUUUUCUGAUUUCCAACCUAGGAAUCUACCCUGCAUCACUGCCACCUGUGCCUCAGGUGAGGCGAGGCAGAGCCUCCUCCCUGCUCCUUAGGAGACUGCAGAGCAUGUCAGCUGAGAGAUCCCCAGGAGACUCAGAUCCCCAGUGCUUCACAACAGGAACUCUGCAGUGCCCUACAUGCUGCUGCUAAGAUGUGAGCUGUGGAGUCAGACAUACCUGGAUUCCAGUGGGUGUGCACCCCUGUGCCACCAGUCCCUCACCGUAAGACUUGAAGCCAGUCACUUCUGUGUCUCUGAGCCUCAGUUUUCUCGUCUGUAAAGUGGGAGGAACAAUUUAGUACCUGUCUCAGAUGGUUGUUAUUAGGAUCGAGGGAAAUCAUUCAUGGAAAGGGCACUAGUACCCAGUAAGUGCUUAAUAAGUGACAGCUGCUAUCACACCUAUUUGCAGACAGGGCAGAUAUGCUGACCUAGGGAGGUGAGGAAGUCCAACUGUAGUAUGCCACCCUGCAGAUGUGGGGGGAAAGGAGCCUUUGAAAAGGCUGCAAAGAAUUCAUCCCAUUUCGACUUCCUGUGUCUUCUUCACUCUGCCCAAGACUUCCUGUCCUGCAUAUUCCUGGAGAAAUGAUCUGUGCAUGGAGUUUAUGGGGUGCUUUGGGAAACAGCUUGGAAAUACCAGUUAUAAAAUUAUUUGCUCUAGUCAUAAGCAUUGUGAAGUAAUGCAAGAGUCUUUUAUGCAAUGAGUAUCUGGGUUAAAGGAAUGUGAGUGGGCAGCUGGACAAGCAAGUUUGGUGUGCUUAGAGAUGAUGUCCCCGAGCUAAAGACAGCUGCCUGCCACCUUCAGUUAUGUUCAAAACAUUAGACGCCAAAUGCCCAUAUCUCUUAGGGGUAUAUCAGCUUUUCACUUAAUGCUAUGCUCUUGGUUAAUCUUCUUCCAAAACAUGUCUGGCCUUCAUGUUUUAACCUCAUGUUUCAUACACCCUUUAUCUGUAUUGGGGUUACUCUCUUUAUUGUCUUUACUUCUUCAUCUUUAUUGCCCUAUUAAACACAAUUUCCAUGUCAUGCAUAGAAUUGGAACAGCACCAUUUCACAAACCUAGCAUCAGUAUAUUUUCCUGAUUUUAAUACAAUAAGAAUGCAGUUACCUUUUACCUCUAGGAGUAUUUGUGCUGUAAUUUAUAGGGUUAACCUACCUGGCGAUAAUAUUUUGAUCUUCUUUUAAAGUAAAUAUGGUAAAGUUUUAUUUUUAUGAAAGCAGUCUUAAAUACUAGCUCUAUGCCACAUCUCUAGUGCACCUGGAUUUGUAUAUUGCGUUGCAGUAUCAGGAGGGUUGGUAGCCUCAUCAUCUUGGGCUCACGGGGCUGAAGGAACUAUGUGGAUAAUCUAAGGUUCUUAUUACUAAUCCUUCGCAUUUAAUUAGGUCUCUGAAAAUCUAAAGCACUCCCAGCCAUUUUUAUUAGUUUCUUCUCAUAACUUCUCUGUGAGAUGUCAGCUUUAUUACCCUCACUUUUACCUGAGUAUUAUCAAGAGGUCAGGCAUAUUUUAAAUUUCAUUUUUUCCUGUUUGUAAUUAAGAUUCCUUUUCCUUGAUCAUGGACUUAACUUCAGCCUGUACCUGCUAAAAUGACUGCUCGGGUCAGAAGUUAGCCUCCCACCAGAGGAAAGCAAUUACUGAACAAAGUCAAAUUUUGGAAGAACCUUAAAGCAAUUCCAAUUAUAAACACUGGUGCCCAGCCCUAGAAGAAAUCAGAUGGAAACUAAUUAGUAAAAGAAAAGCCAUAAAGUGCAUGAAAAUCGGGCAGCUGGUUGAAGUAAAAAUGUUUAUGCUCUUUUUCUCCUUUCUGGCCGGGUGUUCAUGGGAAUUUCUUAGGGUUUUCUGGAAAAUGUGCUGACUGAGAUUUCCAUCUGCUUGUUGAUGGAGGAACCAGGAAGGAAGAAAGGAAGUAACCCUCGGAAGGGUGCUGUUAACAACUGGUAAUCUGGCGGAUAGGUUUCUGGUCAUUGCUUUUGUCUUGCCACUUAUUAGUUUUUCCAUAUUCAUUACCAUGUUCUUCAUCCAACCGUCCUGAUCAGGUCAUUCAGACAAGUUCUCGCCUGGGAUCAUUCUGGAAUUAGUUGGAAGGCAAAGAGAAGUAGCCUGAGUAGGCCUGGCAGGUGUUCCUAAUUUGAAAGUGGGCGUACCUGGCAUGAUGCAGGAGCAGGUGGGCCACGACUGACCUGUGGUCUUGUGACUGGGCUGGAAUGUAUCAUUUUAAAAACAAAGAAUCAUUGGAGAUUAGGAAGCAUUUCAGUUGGAAUUUUUUUAAAAUUGGGCUCUUUGAGGCUUUGUUUGUUUUCUGAAUCCCAUAUGGUAGAAUUUUUCUGGAUAUAUUAAGAUUAUUUUACACUGUUAUCUGGCAUCCUGUUAAUCAAAGUCAUUGUGUUUUGAGGAAGGGUUUACCUUCCUCAAAACUUCCACCUGGAAGCUGCCUGCUGCCACUUCCUUCAGCUGAUUGUGAACUCUUGUCCUAAUUUCAGCUGGACACACUGGCAUUCCUGUGCUCACGGAGACCCCUCUAGCCCGGAUCCUUAUCACCCCUUACCUGGACUUUUGCCUAUCUCCAGGUUCUCCUCCUCCAAUCCAUUCUCAGCUUGAUCUUUCAAAAGAACUAAGCUGCCCUGUGUGAACUUUCAAAGGCUUUCUAUUAUCUACAGCAUAAAUUCUAAGUCCCCAGAAGAGGCCUCAAGGCUGCCAACAAGCCGAUCCCAGGCUAUCUUUCCACCCUAAAUCUCCUGCUACACACUUGGGCACUCUCCAGACUGUUUGCCCAGACAGCCUCCCUGUCCCACUUCCAUUCAUUCCUGACGCGCCUCCAGCCUGCAGGAGCCUCUCCCUCUGCUGGCCGGUGUCCUCCCAGCUGUCCUGGUUCAGCUCCAGUGCUCACUCUGCCGGGAAGUCUUCCCUGAUCUGCCGUGUCCGAAUCAAUUUCUCCCCUCCACCACCCACUUGGUGUUCCCACUUUGUUUACACCAACAUUGUCGCAGCAAUCUGCUUUUGCCUUUUUGCCUUGAACUUGAGAUGUUUGUACAAGCUUCUCUCCUCCAGUGUUAAGCUCCAGGAUGUCUCGUUCUGCUUUGCGUCUCACAUUCCAUAGCUCGGAACUUUUUAGGAGGUAAGUUGAACUACAAUAGCAGAAUUGAUUGGAACACGUAACAAGGACUCAGACACCACAGGACCCUGCACAAUUCGUACCCAUCAUAAUUUUACUAAAUUAGCUGGACUUUAUGGUGUUCGAAGUCAUCCGUACAUUCAACAAACAUUUAUGGAGCAUCUCCUGUGUUCUCGGUUCUGGUAGGGGCCUCCUAGUGACAAAGGGCAAAAGGUCUCAAUUCUCAUGAGUUUAAGGUAAGCGGGAGCUAUUCUAGAUGGGGCGAUCAGAAAAGCCCCUCUGGGUAAGUGACAUUUGAGCUUCUCUAAAUAUUGAGAAAGAUGCAGCCAGGCAAAGAUCUGAUGGAUGAGUGUGAGGAGGCCUCAAGGCACGAAUGAGCUUGACAUCUUUAAGGAAAGCAAAGAAGGUACUUGGAGAGAAUGCACCAUUGGCAGAAGAGUGUGAGACGAAGUCAGAGAGGGAGAUUGCAACCAGGUCAUGGAGAUGAAGCAGUGGCUUAGUUUUACCUUUGGAAUCCACCUGCCUCCACACCAUCUUGCUCAACUUUUUAUUUCUCAAUCUUCUUCUCUUCUGCAUACCCUAAGAGGCUGGUUGACUCUUGUCUUCAGCUGUCACAACAACUGAUUUCUGCAUGAAUGAUCUGAUUUGCUUUCCUGGCAAACUAAUACAUUCAGUUUAACUAUCCAGAAGAACUCGUCAAAUUUUUUAACCCCAUACUUUUGAGAGAACGUGAUAGAAUAAUCAAAUGCCCAAAUACAAGGCUAAGGAAAUUUGAGAAAUGAUGUUUAUGGAAUAUCCAUACUAUGUCCUGCAUUUUGCUGGGCAUUUUUUGGUACGUUAUCCCAUUCAGUCUUCAUAAGCUUGGUGACGGCCCUACUUUUUAGAUGAAGCAACAGGCUCAGAGGGAUUAACUUGUCCGACUUCAUAUGGCUAGUAAAAGGGCUCCAAAGUUCAUUUUCCUUCCAUUUGUGGUCUAGUGGUAAGAGCAUGGAUUCCUGGGGCCAGCCAGCCAUUGGGUGUUAAUCCCGGCAAACUUGGGCUUUAUUUUCCUCAGCCAAGAAACAGAGAAAUGAUAGUCGUUUUCUGAUAGGAUGCUUGUGAGGACGGAGUAGUCAAUGUAUGGAAAGUGCUUCGCAUACUGCCUUGGCACCUAGGAAUCAUCAUUCUGUUAGUGUUUGUCGCUAUGACUGCCACUGCACCGAGCUGUUGUUUUAGAAACCUUAGAGUUCAUAGCACAUAGCAGAGCUUUGUGACAACUUUGCAGAAGAGUCUCAAGAAGUCUCGAGGAUUUUCUUGGCAAUGGUCUGGUGACCAUUUAGGAACAGAGGGAAGACAUCAGUCACCCUGUGGGUUCCCAUCCCAGGUACGUGUGCACUGGCUUCAGACUUCCAGCCUCACCCUACGUUGCCCACCCUGCGCUGCUCCCACUCCCUGCCUGGCUCCACCCUCUUUCUUCUUCACAUCCACUUUGGGGAGCAUUAGUUGCAGUCGUGGGCCAGAGCUGGCACGGAGGAGGGAGAAACAGCAUGCCUCCUUUGACCUUUGCACUUGCACUUGCCCUUGACCAUACUUGUAAGAUUUCCUGGUGGGGGUGGGGAGCGUGGUUUGCUAUGGAAAGGAGUUUCCCCCAUUAGUAUAGUGCUAAUAAAACACUGAUAUUAAACUAAUCAUGCUGCAGCGUUCUGUUUUAAACAAAAGAUGUUGGAAAUUUGUUUUCAAGUUCUGUCUUUGAUUUUCUGGUGCAUGGGGGCAGGGGGGGAUGCCUUCUCCCACCAAAUUUGAGUGAAUUACUUUCAAACACACUCUAAUAUUUUCCAAGGAUUAAUAAUAGUGCCUUACCUUUGAAAAAUGCUUUGUGGUUUUGAAUGCAUUCCCAGGUACGUUACCUUAUUUAAGUUUCACAAGGACCUUGGCAGGUAGGCAGGGCAGAUAGUGCUUUCACCAUAUUACCUAGAAAGAAAUUUGAAGCUCAAGAAGUGAAAGGUUAUAGGGCCGUGACUAGAACCCAGGCCUAAGCUUUUCUUUCUACUGGAGUGUUUCCUUGUUUGUUUUUGUUAACCCCAAUUUAGGGAGAAUCACAUGUACAUUUGGCUUGGUAAUAGUGUUGCAUAUUUCUUUCUUAUAGGUCCAGUUAUAUCUUUCAGCAGCCACAUAUGGAGUUCCAGAAAUCCUCAGAGGAAACUGUCCUCAUAACAGGAGGCGGUGGCUAUGUUGGUUUCCGGCUAGGCUGUGCGCUGAACCAGAAGGGAGUCCAUGUGAUUCUGUUUGACACACGCAGGCCUGUUCAAACUGUUCCAGAAGGGAUGAGGUUUAUUCUUGGAGACAUUCGCCACCUCUGUGAUGUCGAGAAAGCCUUCCAGGAUGUGGAUGUCACUUGUGUGUUCCAUAUUGCCUCUUAUGGCAUGUCAGGGCAGGAGCAACUGAAUCGAAACCUAAUAGAAGAAGUCAACGUGGGGGGCACAGAGAACGUCCUCCAAGUUUGCCGGAGGAAAGGAGUGCCAAGAUUAGUUUACACCAGCACUUUCAAUGUCAUAUUUGGAGGUCAAGUUAUCAGAAAUGGAGAUGAAUCUCUGCCUUACCUACCUCUUCACCUCCAUCCUGAUCACUACUCUCGGACCAAAUCUAUUGCAGAGAGGAAGGUGCUGGAGGCCAGCGGUACAGCCUUUGAAAGAAACAGUGGCAUCCUGAGAACUUGUGCUCUGAGACCAGCUGGCAUCUACGGGCCCGGAGAACAGAGGCAUCUCCCCAGGAUAGUAGGCUACAUCGAGAGGGGCCUGUUCAGGUUUGUGUAUGGGGAUCCCAGGAGCCUGGUAGAGUUUGUCCAUGUGGAUAACUUGGUGCAGGCUCACAUUCUGGCCUCAGAGGCCCUGAGCGCUGACAAGGGCCACAUCGCCUCUGGGCAGCCCUAUUUCAUCUCUGACGGCAGACCAGUGAACAACUUUGAGUUUUUCCGGCCUUUAGUCGAGGGCCUGGGCUAUCCGUUCCCAUCCGUCCGCCUGCCACUGAGCCUCAUCUACUGCUUUGCUUUCCUCACAGAGAUGGUCCACUUCAUUUUGGGUCGGCUGUACAACUUCCAGCCCUUCCUCACCCGCACCGAAGUGUACAAAACUGGUGUCACACAUUACUUUAGCCUAGAGAAAGCCAGAAAAGAGCUCGGUUAUGAGGCUCAGCCAUUUGACCUCCAGGAAGUAGUAGAAUGGUUCAGAGCCCAUGGCCACGGCAGAAAUCCUGCAAGUUGUGACACAGAGUGGUUUGUUUGGGACAGACUGUUGGUCUUUCUUCUGGUUCUAGCAGCUCUCGCAUGGCUGUCGUCUUCUGUGAUUCUGUCAGUAUGAUGAGGACCUAAAAGGAAGGAACUGAUCAUGCUUGCAGAGGUGUUUUUCAGGGAGCAUGGGAUUUUAAAUAUAGAUAGUAUCUCUGGUGCUGAAUUUUGGCUCUUUAAAUUGCUACUGAAGAGUAGAUUUCUUGAGUUAUUUUUUAACCCUUUGCACUAUUCUCUGCUAGGAGAAAAAAAAGCAAAGAUUAGUUUGAAAUUUGGUUUCUUGUAUCCUUACAUGGGUACAAUAGAAGUUAUUUUUGAACUAUAUUGCUCAGCUUAGAAUUGAAUGUGAAUUUCUCAAAAGCCAAACAUGCAAUGAUUUCUGUUCCAGACAUGAUGCACCUACUAAAAAUGCACUAAAAAUUGGACUGAUACAGGAACAGCAAAACACUAAUAAUAGGCUUGGAAAAUGUGUAGGAAACACCACAUUGGGCCAGAUUUCUCAGACCAGCCUUCUGAAAAGGUUAUGACUGUUGCAGAGGAGGCAUUCGCUAGUCAAAGCCUAAUUUUUAUGUAUUAGCUUUUGCCCUUGGAUCUAAGAGUCAUUCCACCUGUGUGACCAGAUGGUAAUGUUUGACUUUUAACAAAUAGACCUUUACCCUACCUCACUGGGUUCUUGUGAGGAUUAGGUUAGACACAGAACAUGAAGUGCCAUUCAACACGCACAAGACCUUUUUAUUAAUAUUGUUCUUACACACCCACAUGCGGGUUUUCCUCCUCAAAGUAUUCUCUCUAGAGAGGCUGCUAUUGCUCCUAACUGUUCCGGAACAUCUUUUUAGUAUGCUUCAGAGCCUGCAAUAAGUGUGUUAUGAUAGACUCAGUGUUGGAAAAGUUUUGGCCUCUGAGGAUAGAUUGAAGUUUAGAAACAUCUAAAAAACUGGUAACUAGGGGAGGUGAUCAAGCUGGAAGAUGCCAUUUUUAAUUUAAAAAAAAAAUGAUGCAUAACACUAAACACAAAGCAUAAACUGGAUUUCUUCUGGAAAGAAUUUUGCAUCUCUGAAGGCAACCCCCGAAGAAGAAUGUUUUGGACAGUGGCAGCAGGGUCCAGCCACCCGUGGGGACUGCUGUGGAAGACGGGCAAGUUAUACCGGUGCAACAAAACUAAAGUGGGAAGACUACUGAAAAUCUUUACCCAUUCCAUGAUUCCAGCUGCAGAAAGGCUAGUAUUGACAGACUUUAAGAGGGAGGAUAGAUUGCUGUAGAAAGUUAAGUUAGAGUUGUUCCAGGAGUAUUUGUAGAAGAUGGCUGCUGGGUGAUUGUGGUCAGUCCCCAUUGAAGGCUGCCUGGAUUUUAGGAAAAAGAGCUGAGCUUGAUGUCAGCAGACCUGCAAGCACAAAUGUUUUGCAUGGCCUAAGCCAAGUCACUGAGGCCUCUCUAGACCUGAACUUCCUCCUUGGGAAAUGGGAAUAACUAUUUUUGCCUUUUCUAAUCAACCUGUCCACCUCACAGGGUUUGUUGCGAGCAUUAAAAAUAAGAUGUGGUGAAAGUACUUUUAAUACAUAAAUAAAAACUUAUUUCAAAUUCCACUUGGACAGCAACACAAA